AUGAUUGCACCAACUACAAGAAAAGACCUCAUGAUAGUCAAUAUGGGCCCUCACCACCCAUCAAUGCAUGGUGUUCUUCGACUGAUCGUUACUCUCGAUGGUGAAGAUGUUAUUGACUGUGAACCAAUAUUGGGUUAUUUACAUAGAGGGAUGGAGAAAAUUGCGGAAAAUCGAACAAUUAUACAAUAUUUGCCUUAUGUAACGCGUUGGGAUUAUUUAGCUACUAUGUUCACAGAAGCAAUAACCGUAAAUGGACCCGAACAGCUAGGCAAUAUUCAAGUACCUAAAAGGGCUAGCUAUAUCAGAGCUAUUAUGUUGGAGUUGAGUCGUAUCGCUUCCCAUUUGUUAUGGCUUGGCCCUUUUAUGGCAGAUAUUGGGGCACAGACCCCUUUCUUCUAUAUUUUUCGAGAACGAGAAUUGAUAUAUGACCUAUUCGAAGCUGCUACCGGUAUGCGCAUGAUGCAUAAUUAUUUUCGUAUCGGAGGAGUCGCUGCUGAUCUACCUUAUGGUUGGAUAGAUAAAUGUUUGGAUUUUUGCGAUUAUUUUUUAACCGGGGUUGCUGAAUAUCAAAAGCUUAUUACACGGAAUCCUAUUUUUUUAGAACGGGUUGAAGGCGUAGGCAUUAUUGGCGCAGAAGAAGCACUAAAUUGGGGUUUAUCAGGACCAAUGCUACGAGCUUCCGGAAUACAAUGGGAUCUUCGUAAAGUUGAUCGUUAUGAGUGUUACGACGAAUUUGAUUGGGAGAUCCAAUGGCAAAAAGAAGGGGAUUCAUUAGCUCGGUAUUUAGUACGAAUCAGUGAAAUGACAGAAUCCAUAAAAAUUAUCCAACAGGCUCUGGAAGGAAUUCCAGGGGGACCCUAUGAGAAUUUAGAAAUCCGACGCUUUGAUAGAAUAAAAGACCCUGAAUGGAAUGAUUUUGAAUAUCGAUUUAUUAGUAAAAAACCUUCUCCAACUUUUGAAUUGUCCAAGCAAGAACUUUAUGUAAGAGUCGAAGCACCAAAAGGGGAAUUGGGAAUUUUUCUGAUAGGAGAUCAGAGUGUUUUUCCUUGGAGAUGGAAAAUUCGCCCACCGGGUUUUAUCAACUUGCAAAUUCUUCCUCAGUUAGUUAAAAGAAUGAAAUUGGCUGAUAUUAUGACGAUAUUAGGUAGCAUAGAUAUCAUUAUGGGAGAAGUUGAUCGUUGA